AUGGAAAAAAUUCUAUCUAACAAAUGUAAUGCUUAUAAAUCUCUUCCGAAUGUUUUAUUUUUAUCAAAAUCAAAUCAAAUCUUACCAUUACAUACAAGUCAAAGUUUACCAUCUUGUUUAAAAUUUCUCAAUGAUAAAUAUCAAUAUAAUAAAAAUCUCUCAGUAUCAAAACUAAUAAAUACGAAAAAAAAUCCAAUAAAUUUAAUUGAAAGAAAUAAUUUACAUCCAACUAUUGGUGAAUUACUUGGUGAUGAUGAUUUAUUUCAUUAUCAUUAUCAUAAACAAUAUAAUUCAUCAAGAUUUAAACGAAGACGACAUGAUUAUCGAUCAUAUUCUCGUUCGUCUCAUAUUCAUCAUCAUUAUCGAAAACAUCAUCAUCAAAAUAAAGAAUUUCAAUAUCAGUCAUCAUCAUUAUUAUCUCAUUGUAAUGAAUUAACAUCCGAGAUAAAAAAUCAAAUUUAUCUUUAUCCAACAACAACAACAACAUAUAAUUAUACACCAUUACCUACUUACUGUUAUUAUUGUUAUUCAAACAUGUCUUCUUAUUAUCCAUAUAUCAUAUCAGAUUGUUAUAAAAGUUUCUAUCAACAAGAACGAUAUUAUGAGAAUACCAAUAUUCGAAUAUGA